AUGAGCCAAGGAGCAAAUAUCUUAGGCUUUGGUGGUCAUCGAGCACUUGGUAUUUCUGGAAGUAGCGGUGGAGUUGGAAUAAGUGGUAGGUUAACUCCGCAUUUAAAUCCUAUCGAUUUAGUUCCACACCCUGUUUUUCCACCUCCAAUGCCUCCACCACGUCGUCGGCCAAGGCCACGACCAAGACCUCGACCUUCUCCGCCCUCACCAGAGGAAGAAUUCUGGCAGGUACCAGAAUCUCCUAGCCCACAAGAGGGACAGGAGUCUUGGCAGACAACGAUAACUCCUUCACUACCUGAGCAUGAAAUAUGGCAGAUACCGUCGCAACGACAAGGCCAGAUAGGGAUGGGUCAGGAAGUGGGACCUCCUCAAAGAGUGAUGCCAACCCCAGUUGUGCCACCUCAAGGAGCGAUACCCCGACCUCACAGAAUAACAACAGAAGGAGGAGUUGGUCCGGGUACGGCUUUAUAA